AUGCUGGACCAAGAAAUUGCUGAUCAACUGGAUAUAAAAGGACAUCCAAAUACAUUGUGUUUGCAAUGGACUGGAGGUGUAACGAAGCGGAUCCCAGAUACACGAGUAAUCAAUCUUAAUAUUUCGGGUCGUGGUAUGGAAAAACAGUAUGCGGUCAAGAAUGUGUACACAGUAGAAAAUCUCGAUUUACCGGUUCAGACAGUGCAGUUUGAGAAACUUGCGGAACAGUUCCCUUAUUUACAAGGUUUGUCAAUUAAAAGUUUCUAUCGUGCGGUUCCACGUAUACUUAUCGGUUUGAGCAACGUUAAUCUGUUAACUUCUUUGAAAGUGCGAGAAGGUCCAGAAGGAAAGCCUGUUGCCACGAAAAGCAGGCUGGGAUGGGCACUUUAUGGAACGGAGUCAGAAGUGUACACGUCGCAAUUGCAGCAUCGGAGCAUGCACAUCUUAGCUCGUACGCAGGAUGAAGAGCUUCAUGAUCUCGUCAAACAGUUCUUUUCCAUAGAAAGCAUUGGAGUCACAAUAUCUCCAACCGUCGAAGGGGAAGAAGACAAACGUGCCAGAAGAAUCUUGCAGGAAACUACAAAACGAACGUCGUCCGGGAAAUUUGAAACUGGGCUUCUAUGGAGGCAUGACAACGUGGAGUUUCCAGACAGCAAAUUAACGGCAGAAAAACGACUAAUAAGUCUGGAAAAAAAGCUGAUGAAAAAUCCAGAGCUAUACAAAAAUGUUCGGCGGCAGAUUCAUGAGUACAAAGUCAAAGGAUACGCUCAUGAAGCUAAUGACGAAGAACUUUCUCAAUUCGAUCCUCGGCGUAUGUGGUACCUACCCCUUGGUAUAGCACUGAAUCAUAGAAAGCCUGAGAAAGUACGAGUUAUAUGGGAUGCAGCAGCGAAGGUUAAAGGUGUGUCACUGAACUCUAUGCUGCUAAAGGGACCUGACCUCUUAACGUCGCUGACAGCCGUUCUGUUCCAGUUUCGCCAACGAGAGGUUGCGAUAACUGGUGACAUAAGAGAGAUGUUUCAUCAGCUCUACAUACGUUCACAGGAUCGCCAGUCACAGUUGUUUUUGUGGCGAGACAAUCCCAAUCAACCGAUGAAGACGUUGGUGAUGGAUGUCGCCACUUUCGGUUCAGCAUGUUCGCCUUGUUCAGCACACUUUGUAAAGAACCUUAAUGCUGAAGAGCACGCAGCGGUCUAUCCGAAAGCGACAAAGGCUAUACUGGAGAAUCAUUAUGUGGAUGAUUUCUCGGAUAGUUUUGAUACCGUGGAAGAAACUAUCGUGCAAGCGCUGGAUGUGCAGAAAAUCCACAAAAAAGCCGGUUUCGAACUACGAAACUGGUCAUCGAACUCGAACGAAGUCCUGAGACGGGUCGGGGAACCCAAUACCGAUACAGUGCGCAGCUUCAAGUUUGGGAAAGAUAGCGAUAUCGAAAGAGUUCUAGGUAUGGUAUGGCUCCCCAUGCGGGACGACUUCAGCUUCGCGAUCGCAUUCCGGCCCGACCUGUGUCCGUUGAUCGAAGGUAGUGCGAUUCCCACCAAAAGACAGUUACUUCGAGUCGUCAUGAGCGUUUUCGAUCCGCUUGGGCUGAUCGCAGCUAUAACAAUUCAUGGGAAAAUCUUAAUCCAAGACGUGUGGCGCGCAAAAAUCGGCUGGGAUGACCAAAUUCCGAAUAACCUUAUCAACCGGUGGCAGCAAUGGGUAGACGUACUUCGAACGCUAGAAAAGGUAGCGGUUUCAAGGUGUUAUUUUCUUGGUUAUGAUCCGUUCAGUUACCUGACCCUGGAGCUCCACGUCUUCGUCGAUGCUAGCGAACAGGCAUAUGCAGCAGUCGCCUACUUCCGGAUAAUUGAUCGAGGAGACAUUCGAUGCUCGUUGGUAGCCGCAAAAGCGAAGGUUGCUCCUCUACAGCCGUUAACGAUACCACGACUGGAACUUCAAGCAGCAGUCAUAGGGUCUUUUGGAGCGAUUCCAGUACCGUUCUCUCCUGGAUUCAGUCAGACCAACGCCUUUCGGGUCAACGAAGUGUUAAAUGAAACGAACGAAACCGAAUGGAGGUGGAUCAGCACACGGCUCAAUGUCGCAGAUGAAGCCACCAAGUGGAGCAAAAGGCCGUUGCUUGAACAAGAUAGCAGGUGGUUUCAAGGACCAUCAGUACUCUACGAAGAAAACAAUCAUCAGUCACAAGAACCGCUACCGCCACCAGAUACAUCUGAGGAGCUAAGACCGGUUUAUGUCCACAGAUACGUAGUCCUUCAAAGUUUGGUUGACUUCCGCCGGUUCUCGAAGUGGGAACGCCUACUAGGAGCGCUGAAAUACGUUCAUCGCUUUAUCUCACUAUGUAAGAAAGGAGUAAAUAGAGAUGCUUCAAUACAACGGGAUGCAGCUCGAGACGAGUUUCGUUUGGCAGAAAGAACCGCCUGGAAAAUCGCCCAGUACGGGGGAUUUCAAGAUGAAGUAAUUACUCUACGCCGAAACCUUGAAUUGCCGAGGGAUAAGCAGAAACCACUCGACAAAUCGAGUAGUAUCUUUAAAUCGUCGCCUGAGUUAGACGAAUUCGGAGUUUUGCGAAUGGAAAGUCGCCUGAAGGAAGCAGAAUUUCUUUCCUACGAUACCAGGUUCCCUGUGGUUCUGCCAAGAGGACACUACAUCACCAACUUGAUCCUGGAUUGGUACCACAGACAGCAGGGUCAUAGGAAUGGAGAAAUCGUCGUCAAUGAAGUUCGCCAGAAGUUUGCCAUUUCACGUCUGCGGGUCGAAGUACGUCAAACAGUGAAACGUUGCCAGUACUGUCGAGUUUUCAAAGCUACCCCAAAAGCUCCACGGAUGUCAGCACUUUCGGAGUCCAGGGUGACACCGUUUGUCAAACCCUUCACCUAUACUGGUGUCGAUUAUUUUGGCCCUUGCCUGAUUAAGAUUGGGAGAAAUGAUGUCAAAAGGUGGGUGGCGCUGUUCACAUGUUUGACAAUUCGUGCAGUCCACCUGGAAGUGGUAGCGAGCUUAACGACCGAUUCCUGUAAAAAAGCGAUACGAAGAUUUGUGGCUCGUCGAGGGGCACCACAGGAAAUAUUCAGCGACCAAGGCACGGGGGCAAAACGGGAGCUUGAACGCGAGGUUGACCGAAUCAAUGGAUGUUUGGCGAGCACCUUCACGGAUACGACCACGCAAUGGCACCUGAACCCACCAGCCUCCCCACACAUGGGUGGAUGUUGGGAGCGAAUGGUGCGCUCGGUUAAGGAGGCGAUGAGCUGUUUAUCAUCCGCUAGGAAGCUGGAUGAAGAAUCGUUCGUAACUUUGGUGACUGAAGCGGAAGCAAUGGUCAACUCGAGACCUCUGACCUACAUUCCCCUGGAUACGUUUGAGCAGGAGUCACUAACGCCGAAUCACUUCCUUCUGCUUAGCUCGAAGGGGAUAUGCCAGCCAGUAAAAGCGCCUAUAGACGAGAAGGUAGCACUACGAAGCAGUUGGAACAUCGUUCAGCACAUGUUGGAUCAGUUUUAG